GAAGUACAGAUACUAAAGGCUCUGAUACUGGGAGAGGAGGAAAGGGGCCAGAGUCAGUAUCAAGUGAUGUGUUUUGUCUGCCACAUUGAUAAAAAUGAAUUCAUAUCUGCUGAUGCAAUGUCGAAGCUGAGACAGAAAAAUCCUGGUACAAUACGGACACCAGAAGAGGACAGAGGGCGAGAGAACUUCACAAUGGAUUUGUUUGUGGAUGUGCCGCGGGCUGCCGUCAUCUCAAAACAUGUACCAGUACUGUGUGCUGAGGCGGGUGAUGCUACAUACACUCGCAGAGUUGAUAUUGACCUCUGGAGUCAACUGCCAGGUGCAUCAAAGACUUCUCUGCUGAGUGCUGUCAGAGAAUACAAUGGACUGGUUCCUCCCCCUGGCAGGUGUCAGGAGACACACUCCCCUUGGCAGCCCUGCACCUGUCAUCUGGAGCUGUGUAUCGGGUGGUACCCCUGUAGUCUGAAAUACUGCCGAGGCUCGGCCAGGGGCGCCAACUAUCGUUGCGGGAUCCGAACCUGCCGUAAGUGUAACCUGUUCCUCUACUACGUGCGCCAGAAACAACUCUGCCUGUGGGACGAAUGACCUUCGGACUAGUGCAGAGUGCAACAACAGUUCUUUGGAAACGGGUGCAAAGUUUGAAUUUUCUUUCAAACUUUUUAGAGGAUCGUAACAAAAACAUAUUUUUAAAUAAUUUGAUUUGGCAUUAGUGACUUUAUAAUAAUUAAAGUAUUUGACCUUCACUCAUUUUACAAUUGUUUUUGGUAAAAAUGUAUCAGAUGAAUCUCAUCACAGAUGCUAAUUAAUUAUGGAGAAUAAUGUGUUGUCAAAUGAGCGGACUUGUCUUCUUCCAUGACGUGAUAAUUAUAGGAUCUGGUGUAAGUAAAGUAACUGAAACAGUGUAUUCAUUUUACAGAACAUGUUUUAUUAUUUUUGUAGUGUAGAAACAUUGCUAUUGUUAUAUGUAAUGAAUAUUAUGUUUAAAUUUUGCCAAACAAACAGAGUAAAAGAAUUAUAUACUAAUUAAUGUCUUGUGCUAGUAAAGAGAGAAUGAUAAAAAUGUCAUGUUUUCAUAAAUCACUAAAUGAAAUGAUGAAAACACAUUGAAAGUCAUCUUAUUUUAUCGUAACAGGAAAAGCUGCUGAUUGAAUUUGCUGGUAAAAGUAUCAAAAUAUUAUGUAAUGAAUGAAAUAUUAUUGUUGUGUUUUUAAUUUUAAGCAAUAACAUUGCUUAUAAAGUGUUUUUCAGUUUUGUUCCAAUUAAUAAACAUUAUAGAUUAAGUUAACAAUUUCAAAAGAUAAUUAGUGAAAACAAGAUUAGUCUAAUUAGUUUUGUAUUAUGUUAAGUUAAUUGAAUUUCUGAAUGGAGUUAUAUUGUAAACAGAAGGAAUCGGGCUUUCUCUGCUCAGUGUUUUAAAACACCCAAGCGUGAAAUUACGUUUCCUGAGAAAUUAUGCUUUACACAUGCUUUAAAAUUCUUAACAAGUAAAUAAGCUAUCAUAUUAUUUUUGGUAUUGUAUUUUCUUUUUUUAAAUAAUAAUGGCUGUCUCAAACUAAUGUCUAAUUGUGAUUAUAACUCAUUUAUUUUAAUCCAUAUAAAAAAUAGUUUUGUAAAUAUUGAA